AUGAGGCGGCUUCAGCAGGAGCGGGCGCGGGAGCAGGGGAGAGGAGGGCAGGAGGGUCUGGAAACGCAGCAGCAGCAGCAGCAGCAGCAGCAGCAGCAGCAGCAGCAGCAGCAGCAGCAGCAGCAGCAGCAGCAGCAGCAGCAGCAGCAGCAGCAGCAGCAGCAGCAGCAGCAGCAGCAGCAGCAGCAGCAGCAGCAGCAGCAGCAGGUGCCGCCGAGGACAGGAGGAAGCAGAGCGAGCGGUUCUCAUCCCGCUGGUUCUUAUUUGCUGCCUGUGCACGUGGUUUGGGGGACAGGGAAAGGUGAGGAGGCGAAGGAAGGGCAAGCGGGAGCGAAAACAGGCGGUGGGGAGAAAGGGGGUUGUAGUGAGGGAGAAAAGCAAGGGGCGGAGGAGGGAGGAGAGAAGGCAGGAGAGGAGGGAGUGCUUUUAGAGGGAGUAGCAGGGGGGUCAGGAGGGGAAACAACAGGGAGAGCAGCAGAGGGAGCAGCAGGGGAGACAGCAGGGGGAGCAGCAGUGGGAGCAGCAGCGUUGACAGCGACACCUGGCAUGCUACGAUUGGCUGCUGCUGCAGAGGCGGCUGCGGCAGCAGCAGCAGAGGCGCAGGAGAGGGGAGAGGAGGAGUUUUUCUGUCCCAUCUGCCUCUGUGACUUUGAAAAGGGCCAAAGCGUGUGCUUCCUUCCCUGCUCCCACUCGUAUCACUCGGGGUGCAUAGUGAACUGGGUUGUCAAGCACCCCGUGUGCCCCGUAUGCAAGGGAGCAGCUUUCGUGCUUGAAGCGGGGGAGAUGGGGGCAGGGGAGGUGGGAGGAGGAGAGGUAGAUGUAGGGGAGGGGGUUGCAGGGGAGGUGGGAACAGGGGAGGUGGAUGCAGGGGAGGUGGAUGCAGGGGAGGUGGAUAGUGAGGAGGUCAGAACAGGGGAGUUAAAUACAGGGGAGGUAGAUGCUGGGGAGAUGGGCACAGGGGACCAGGGGUCACAGCAACAACAGCAGCAGCAGGAGCAGCAGCAACAGCAACAACAUCAGCAGGAGCAGCAGCAGCAGGAGGAGGAGGAGCAGCAGGAACAACGACCCGCAGAGGAGGAUGAAGGGGGAGAGGAGCAAGUACCCUUGUGGCGAGAGCAGUUGCAGGGGGAGGCGCACUGGCAGGAGGAGGGGCAGCAGCAAGAUGGGGAGGUGGUGGUGGUGGUGGUUGAUGGGGAAGAGGCAGACGGGCGGAGAAUUAACAGCUCUCUUGGCCCAGUGAGAAUUGGUUCGGAUGGGUGA